GCGCGGCGCGCAGGCGCGUCGUGUCGGGCGAGCCAUGGGGAAGGUGGUGGUGGUGACGGGCGCCAGCAGCGGCAUCGGGCUGGCGCUGUGCCGGCGGCUCCUGGCCGAAGACGACUCGGUCCGGCUGUGCCUGGCCUGCCGCGACCCGCGGCGGGCGGAGGCCGCCCGGGCCUCCCUGCUGGCCUCCCACCCCGACGCCCGCCUCUCCUCCGUCCGCCUCGACGUCAGCAGCCUGGACUCCGUGCUCGGGGCCGCCCGGGACCUCCGACGCAGGUUUCGGCGGUUGGACUUCCUGUACCUCAACGCCGGGAUCAUGCCUAACCCCAAACUGAACAUCAAAGCGCUCGUCUCCAGCUUUUUCUCCAGAGAGCUGUUCCACGUGAUGUCCACCGCGGACGGACUGCUGACCCAGGAGGACGGCACCACGGCCGACGGACUGCGGGAGGUGUUCGCCACCAACGUCUUCGGCCACUUCGUCCUGGUAGAAAUAAGCACCGCGGGCCCUUUCGGGCGCUCACCCCGGGCCGAGCACCGUCCCGAGCGCGGCGCCGGGGGAGACCCGGUGGGACCCGCGGCCCUCAUCCCCCUCGGACGGAUGGGGAGACCGAGGCACGGAGAGAUCCGGGAGCUGGAGCCGCUGCUGUGCCGCCCCGACUCCCCCUCCCGCCUGGUCUGGACGUCCUCGAGCAACGCCCGGAGGUCCAACUUCAGCCUGGACGACGUCCAGCACAGCCGGGGCCGGGAGCCCUACAGCUCGUCCAAGUACGUCACCGACCUGCUGAGCGUCGCCCUCAACCGCAAGCUCAACGCCCAGGGCGUCUACUCGAGCGUGACCUGCCCGGGCACCGUCCUGACCAAACUGACGUACGGCAUCCUGCCUCCGUUCGUCUGGACCCUCCUCGCGCCCAUCCUGUGGCUGCUGCGCUUCUUCGUGAACUCCUUCACGAUGACCCCCUACAACGGCGCCGAGGCCUCGGUGUGGCUGUUUCACCAGACCCCGGAGUCCCUGAACCCCCUGACCAAAUACCACAGCUCCACCAGCGGGCUGGGACGCAACUACGUGAGGGCGCAGAAGAUGGACGUGGAAGAGGAGGCCGCCGACGAGCUGUACGGCCAGCUGCUGGACCUGGAGAGGCGCCUGAGGGCCCGACCCCACGGCCGAGAGCCCGAGUAGCCCGGCCCGCGGAAGACCGGCCGGAGCCGCCUCGGCCUCCCGGCCCCCCGCCGGUGGCGGGUC